AUUUUCAUGAUCAGACAUUCAAGUUUUAAGAUUAAAAAUUACGAAAUUAAUGUAAGUUUGCCAAAGGAACCUGUUACUUUAACUAACAGGGAAUGAACUCCAUCUUAGAUAGGGCCUAGACCUACUUUGAAAGUGUAGCAAGAAAAACAACCAUGAAAUUAAGAGUGUUUUACUUUAACUGUAGGAAACACGUUGGAUAUGUUAGAAGUUUCCAAGGAAGUUGGUGUCAGCUGAAAGUAGCCCAUAUGUCAUCAGUGAGACCCAGACCAGUAGAGGUCAUUGAUUUGACUGAAGACACUGUGACCAGUGAACCCCCACCUAUCCAGAGAAACAACAAAGGGAAAUUUGUUAAUUAUAAAUCUACCAGUGAUGAAAAUGGUCCAAUUAAUGGAGGAUUUGGUAACAGAGUGAAUGCAACUCAAAAUUCAAAAAGUAGCAAUAUGUUUAGACCAUUGCCAACUUUGAAACAAGCUGGGCAAGUUGUGAGGCAUUUCAAGAGAGUUAAUAAACCUGUUCAAACUCUGGGAGAGGGACCCAUUGCCCCAGGGUGUAUACAAAGUCAAAGCACUGAAGCACGGGCAGUAAGGGAGGAGAGUCUAUCUCAAACAGAAAAUCCUAAGCUGAAAAGAUCUCGUACUGAACCAUCAUUCCAAACAGGUUCUUCUAGUUUUGGUCAGAGGGAAUGGGAGUUAACUCCCUUUGGAAAGGAAUAUCAAGAAAAAGGCCACAAGGGGCUCCCCUUCUCUCUCAUGACUUACAAUGUACUGGCCCAGGACCUUCUGUAUGAUAACCAGUACCUCUACCGGAACCACCCAGAGCAGGUCCUAGACUGGGGAUACCGCAAACAGAAACUGUUGCAGGAAUUUAAUGAACACCAGCCGGAUGUAUUAUGCUUGCAAGAGGUUCAGAAAAGCCAUCUAGAAGAGUUUUACAGACCACAACUGAAUGCAUUAGGGUACGAUUGUGAGUUCCUUCAGAGAACAAGUGGAAAAGUGGAUGGCUGUGCAACCUUUUACAAGCGUGAAAAGUUUCGCAAGGAGGAGGUCAGACAUGUUCAUUAUUUCCAAGUAGGUUCUCCACUCACAAACCGUGACAAUGUAGGUCUCAUUCUGAAACUCACUCCUCUCAGUGGACAGGAAGGAUUCUGUGUUGCUAAUACUCACCUGCUCUACAACCCGAAGCGAGGGGAUAUAAAACUUCUACAGCUGAUAAAACUACUGGCUGAACUGGAUCACAUGGUUCCAGAUUUUCAAACGGUUCCCAUCAUUUUGUGUGGAGAUUUCAAUGCCCGUCCUCAUAGCUUCAUGUUCAAAUUCAUUACUCAGGCAUACUUGAGAUACCAUGGACUACCUUUAGAAGAUAUAUCAGCACAGCGGUUUGGGGGUGGAAGAAAGUUACUGGAUACAGGUCUGAUUCCCUCAAACUUACCCAUUUCAGACCAAUGUCGCUACUUGGAAGAUCAUCAUGUAGAAAAGCUUAAGAAAAGCCCAGUGUUGCAAGGUCAGUUCUACAGCUACCAGAGUUCUCCAUACCAUCAUUUUCAUUUUCCAAGUGUUUCGCAAAAUUCAGGCUUUCUAUGGCAUAAGUUUCAUCUAGUCUCAACAUACUCACAUUUCAUAGAAAGAACUGGGGAACCAGAGGUGACCACACAGUCUAGUGAUUACGACAGUUCUGUGGUGGACUAUGUGUUUUAUUCAGUGCUAGGAAGAGAAUGCAAGUCCAGGAGGGGAAAUUUCAACAACAGAAAUAUUAUCGAGGGAAGGAUGAAAUUGUUAGGACGUUGGGGCCUACUGUCAAAGAAAGAAAUUAGUGCACUUGGAAAUUUGCCAAAUUUUCAAAAUCCAUCUGAUCAUAUGCCAUUAAUGUUGAAAUUUCUGUUAACAUAAUGACUUUUGUCAAUAUUACAUUACUGUACCUGGGGGGUAAAUGUGAAAUCUCAAAUGAAACAAGGGCAUUAUUGUACAAAUACUUUAACUUAGGUCUAGUUUUUUUUGCAAAAUUGAAAAUCUCUUGCAUUGUUUAUACCAGUGGUUGCUAGGAAAAUGAGAAACUGAAAGGCAGCUGGUGGUGUAAAUGUAAAUUCAAACUGUUUUGAACAUUGUUACAACAUUGUAUUUAUGUACCAAAGAAUAGAUUAGUUUCAUUGAAUAAAGGUUAUUUUGAAAUCUCA